AUGGAUUUGACCGGAUUUACUGAAGAGCAACUCACGGUCCGCGAAGCAGUGGCGCAAGUCUGCUCUCAAUUCCCGUCCUCUUACUGGCAGGAAUGCGAUCAGGAAGAGCGCGAUCCCAAGGACUUCCAUGCUGCGCUUGCCAAAGAUGGAUGGCUGGGGAUUGCCUUGCCUGAAGAACUUGGAGGGUCAGGACUAGGCAUAUCCGAAGCUACAAUGAUGAUGCAGACCAUCACCCAGUCCGGCGCAGGCAUGGCAGGCGCACAAGCAAUACACGCCAAUGUCUACGCAACACAACCACUAGCCAAAUUCGGUACAAAGGAGCAGGUCGACAAAGUAAUCCCCAACAUCAUCAAUGGCACCUGGCGCACGUGCUUUGGUGUGACGGAGCCGAAUACGGGGCUUGAUACGUUGAGGCUUAAGACAACGGCAACCAAGAACUCGGAUAAUACGUACCUUGUCUCGGGUCAGAAGAUUUGGAUUACGUGUGCGCAGGUUGCGUCUGUGAUGAUCCUGCUUGCGCGAACGACGCCGCUUGAAGAGACUCAGAAGCCGACGAAAGGAUUGUCGAUGUUUGCUAUCAGCCUCGACCGCAGCAAUCCAGGGCUAGAAUUGAAGAAGAUCAAGAAAAUGGGUGGCAGGGCCGUCGACGCUAACGAGGUCUUCUUCGAUAAUUACGAGAUACCUGCCGACACUCUCGUCGGCAAGGAAAACGACGGAUUCAAAGUCAUCCUUCACGGAAUGAAUGCCGAGCGGUGUCUGCUGGCUGGAGAAGCUCUAGGUCUCGGAUAUGCUGCACUCGAAAAGGCCUCGUUGUACGCGAAAGAACGACAGGUUUUUGGGCGGCCGAUUGGCAAGAAUCAAGCUAUCGCGCAUCCUCUAGCAGACGCAUACAUGAGGCUGGAAGCUGCUAAACUCGCUACGUAUCAUGCAGCACGGAUGUACGAUGCGUCCAAGACCGACAGCUCGGUAUCACUCCAAGCCGUGGGGACGGCUUGUAACAGUGCUAAAUACUUAGCUGCAGAGGCGGCUUAUACAGCGUGCGAACGGGCUGUUAUGACGCAUGGUGGUAUGGGUUAUGCGGUGGAAUAUGAUGUUGAGCGAUGGCUGAGGGAGUGUUUUGUGCCGCGUAUUGCGCCUGUCAGUCGUGAGAUGAUUCUGAACUUUAUUAGCGAGAAGGUGCUGCAUCUCCCCAGGAGUUAUUGA